AUGGCUUCCAUGUAUCAACUUCCUGACGAGCUUCUGCUGUCCGUUCUCACGCAACAGUUUCCCUGUCGAGAGCAGCAGAUCCGAGCUCUGGCAACUUUGUUAGAUCGAAAUUCAGCACCAUGCCGCAAUCUUGUGCUUUACGGCACGGAAGCCACCGGAAAGACCGCCGUCGUUUCAGCGCUACUUGAGCACCUGGAAAGAGCUCAGGAUGAGGAUCAGCGCGAGGCGCCGGUCAAGCAUGCUCUCGUCAACUCGGUAGAGUGCAUUACUGCGCGCCAUCUUUUCGAGAGGACCAUCGGCAAGAUUGCGAAUGCUCUAGAAUGGCAAAACCCACCCGGCCGUUGCGAGAAUCUAUCUCAAUUGACAUACGAGCUAUCGAAGAUGCUAAAGUAUGCACCGAGACCUGACGACUGGCGCUUCGUGCUCGUUUUCGAUGCCAUUGAUCGCCAGAGAGAGGCUCCCUCGACGCUGCUUCCAGCUCUUGCACGGCUAUCAGAGAUAAUCCCUUGUCUCACUACCGUUUUCAUCGUAACAUCACCGCCGCCAAACUUUCUGCGGACAUCCUUCGUUCCUCACAUCCACUUCCCCAACUAUACCAAUGCCGAGUUCGUAAAGAUCCUCUCAACAACACCUCCCGAGGCUAUACUGGUUGGUGGAGAGCAGGAGACGGCGGAGCUAUGGGCGCGCUUCUGUAGUGCAGUCCAUGAUUCUCUCACGAAAGCAGCUUCUCGGACUCUGCCCGCUUUUCAGCACGCUUGCCAUGCGCUCUGGCCCCGAUUCAUAGCGCCUAUAAAAGCCGGCACACACACGGCGCGCGAGUUCUCGAAGUUGCUAGUCGCCUCGCGGGUCCACUUUCAGGACGAGGGUCUGCUCGAUCCUGGUGUCAUUGCGACCCGACCCAAGUCUGGUCCAAAUAUGGCGAAUGGCGCUUCUCGAAACGACCAGAAAGCACUGGCGAAGAGCACUGGAGCCAAUUUGUCCAUACUUUUACCUACUGUUGCACGAAUGCUUCUUCUGUCUGCCUACCUUGCCUCACACAAUGCGGCGCGACACGAUCUGACGCUUUUCUCGACAUAUCACCAUGGAAAGCGAAAGCGGCGGGGCGGUGGCCUCUCGGUUGCUGGAGCAGGAACAGGGCGGAUGGGUCCACGCAGCAAGCACCGCAAGAUCGCCAGAAAGCUUCUGGGCCCUCAUGCUUUCGUCAUGGAGCGCAUGAUGGCUGUCUUCACGGCGGUGCGGACCGAGUGGGGCUUGACUGCUGCCACGGCUAACGGCAUGGAUGCGGACGUGGGUAUGGCUAUAGCUACCCUCUCGAGUCUCCGGCUGCUCGUCCGCGUUGGAGGAGGCGGAGACCCCAUGGAUCGGGGAGGUAAGUGGAGAGUCAAUGUUGGAUGGGAGGUGGUCAGGGGCCUGGGCAGGAGUAUCGGCGUGGAAGUCGAAGAGUGGCUGAUCGGCUGA